AGCUAGCUCUAGCUGCUAAUAUUAGCUAGCUUAGCUCAAGGGAUUAUAAGCUAACAUAGCUGGAUGUUGUUAACUAGUUGAUUAAUUAAGUAGGCUGGGAUUGGGAACCUUACCAGGACACAUUAAUAAUGGGAGAACGAAGACACAGCCCGCCCCUGAAUCACAGCCGUAAUCCUCUCGGGGACUUCAUUGGCGCGGUCACUAAGCAGGAGCGCACCUGUGAGCUUCCUCGCAACAACAGAACCAUGAGCGGACGCGUCGGCGACCUCAGCCCGAAACAGGCUGAAGUUUUGCAAGAGUUUCGGGAAAGAGUUCAGGACAUACUUCCCCAGCUGCCUUCCCAAAGCGACCACUACCUCCUGCGCUGGCUUAGAGCCAGGACAUUCAACAUAGAAAAGUCUGAGAAUAUGCUGAGAAAGCAUGUGGAGUUUCGCAAGCAUAUGAAAGCAGACACGAUUAUUGAAGACUGGCAGCCUCCUGAGGUGAUCGAGAAAUACGUAUCAGGAGGAAUGUGUGGCUUUGACAAGGAUGGAAAUCCGAUCUGGUACGACGUCAUUGGCCCACUGGACCCAAAGGGUCUGCUAAUGUCCAUCACAAAGCAGGACUUCCUGAGGACCAAGGUGCGGGACACAGAGAAGAUGCGGAAGGUGUGUGAACAGCAGUCUGCAAAGCUGGGUACGCAUAUUGAGUCCAUCACCCUGAUCUACGACUGCGAGGGACUGGGAAUGAAGCACCUGUGGAAGCCUGCCAUAGAGGCCUACGGGGAUAUCCUUUCAAUGUUUGAAGAGAACUAUCCAGAGAACCUUAAAAGGGUUUUUCUCAUCAAGGCACCCAAACUUUUCCCACUUGCUUUCAACCUUGUGAAACCUUUCUUGUGUGAGGACACCCGACGCAAGAUUGUUGUGCUUGGAGGCAACUGGAAGGAUGUGUUGAGGACUUACAUUGAUGAGGAUCAGCUUCCUGUAGCCUAUGGAGGCUCAUUGACAGACCCUGAUGGAGACCCGACGUGUAAGUCCAAGAUUAAAUAUGGCGGUGUGGUCCCCAGGUCCUACUACGUGCAGGACUCCAUAAAAGUGCAGUAUGACCAGACUGUGUCCAUCAGUCGAUGUUCUUCCUUUCAAGUGGAGAGCGAGGUCUUCUGCGCAAACAGCAUGCUCAGGUGGCAGUUUGCUAGUGAGAGUGCAGACAUUGGCUUUGGUGUGUUUCUGAAGACGAAGGGCUCGGACUCACAGAAGGUGGCGGACUUGACCGAGGUUCUGCCCAGCGAGCGCUACAACUCCCAUUUCGUGCCUGAGGAUGGAUCCCUCACCUGUGCAGAGCCUGGAGUGUAUGUUCUACGCUUCGACAACACCUACAGCUUGCUUCAGUCCAAGAAAGUGAGCUUCAGUGUAGAGGUCCUGACCCCAGAGGGUGAUCCCCAGCCCCACAGCCGCACACUGGAGUAGGGACGCAUCGUGCCGCAAUGCACCGCACCGCACUGCGCCGGGCCUACUUGGCCACUUCACCAGCUUUAGGAGAUAGUGUUAUAAUUCAUAAGACAGUCCCUCCAGGAUUUCGCAAGGAUUUUUUGUGAUUGUUGUGAUCUAAAAUGCCUGAUUUCGCGACAACUUUUCUAAAAAAUUGCGAUGGAAGUUGCGGUGUUUUUAGCUGUUUGUUG